GCCAACACUGACGGCAGUUCGUGAAUUUUUUGGAAGCCCAUCUGCUGAUGUUUUCGUCGUCGCGGCCGAUAAUUUGAUUUUCAUACAGUUUGCGUAUUCCGCACAGUACACUUAACGCGCUCGUAAAAUCGCUUAAAGCCGAUAAAACCGGAUCGAGUUAGAAGUUUUUGUAAACACAUCGUAAUUGGCCUGCAUUUUGCAUAAUUUACGCAACGAAGGCAACUGCGUGAGUGCACAAACACACAGUCACACACACUUAGGCGCGAGAAAGAGAGCGAAGGAGAGUGAGGAGCGCAGGCGAGUUGGCAGAGAAAAAGGCGAAAAAUCAAAGUCUGUCGAAAAUCCACUAUAAAUAGCUCAAAAUGACGCGCUUGAAACAUUGAAUAAGCAUAGAACGACUAUCAAUCGACGAAAGAUUUUAAAUAAACCCCAACGACCGGGCAAACAGAAACCAAAGUGCCAAAGCAACGCAACGACGCAUAAACGCUAGUUAAUAAAAGUGCUAAAAAAAAAAUAAAAUCAAUUUUUUCUUCCGCCAUAAAAGUGCUUAAAUCUGUCACCAUGUCGCGUUCAAGUAGUUUGUUUUUUAAUUUGUCUGCUAAGUUAGAGACUAAAAAACUUAAUUGAUCCGAUCACGGAAAGUAGACAACAGCAGGCAAUAAAAAGUGUAAAGUAUUUAUUAUCGAAACUCGUUUGUGAAGAAUCGCGAAGACUGUUCCAGAAAAGUGCAACACCACAUUCCCACACACAGUAUCACAUAGUUAUAGCAAAUUCGGGACUUGACCCACGCCCACAUCACCCACUUCGGUAUAUCUCGCUUGGUAAUUAAGGGUUAAUCGCCUAAUGGCAAGUUCGCUCAACAAGACGAGACACAGGCGCAGACUGGCUGCGAUCUCGUUCCUAUCGAAUAUCUCGUUAGAUGGCACCCAUCGGGACACCAAAUUCGGCGCAACAUUCGGCAGCAGCCUGCUCUGCAACCAGAAUAAGAAUCCAUCCUCGCUGGGACUCGGCUCGGGGGGCUUUCAUCCGCACUAUCAGCAGCACCACCAUCAGCGCAGCCACUCGGCGUCGCACCACAACCACCAGAAGCGGCAUCAACCGCAGCAGCAGAAUCAGCAGCAGCAGCAGCAGCAUCAGCAGCAACAUCAGCAGCAGCAGCAGCAAUAUUCGCAGCAGCAGCAGCAAAAUGGCAAUCUCUGUUCGCCACUCCUCUGCAGCGCGGAUGUCCACAUGGGCAUCGAUGGUGGGAUCGGACUGGAGGACUGCACCACCGGCGCCAGCGAUGGGGACGGGCAUUUUAGUGAAACUGAAAAUAUGGGUCAAUACCUGAUGAACGUCAUGCCGGCCGCCGAUCACAAUCGCGGUAGCAGCAUUGUGCCGGCCGAGAGACGCAACAUAAAGCGACCGACAUCGUCGGGUCGCCAGAACCACCAGGCACCGGGCAGUGGCAAUAUGAGCAUCAAGCUCCAGCAGCAGCAGCAGCAACAAAAGUUGCAACAGCAACAGCGACAAUCACGGAGUUGCACCGCCGGCAGCGGAGGAUCGGGAGCCGAGAGCGGCAGCGAUUCGGACAGCGUCAAGAUACCGCUCAAGGUGUCCAAUCUGGGCAGCGGCGGUGGCGUCGCCGGUGGAGCGGGCAGCAAGCUACUGCCGCUAAGGGAACGAACCUUCAGCAAUGGGGCAAGUGAUCAGAACUUGCAGCCGGAGCGGAGGGCACGUUUGAACACGGCGCCGGGAAUGCGAGCGGGAUCCAAUUCGAGCAUCGCCAUGGGAGGCGGUCUGAAGCGCACCUAUGUUCUGAGUGGAUCGAGCGUUAGCCACAUCACCGACGACAGCAGCACGGAGAGCCUGACUCCGGCUGGAAAUUUCGCGGGCAGUUUCCGAAACAGCCUGAGCAAGUCGGUUCAGAUCAGCGAUGGCCGGCGAGGAACCUCCGGCCAGCCAUUGGGACUUGGUCAGGGACGGGAUGAGCGGAUGGUGCUGGUCUCGCGGAAGAUUCCGUUCUUUAUAUUCUCGUCAUUGCCCUAUUACAAGGGCAAGAAUGGAAGAGCUGAGUUUCGCAAGGAGGAUCGUCGUCGUCGAAAUCCAUCUACAUCACGCCCUUUGAGUUCCAUUAAUGAUGCACCUUUUGAUCCGUUUGAUUUACUGGGCAUACAAAAGGCCGAGAGUGGUCAGGACAUAUCAUAUGGCCAUUUGUUGAUACCCUCACGUCAGUAUGAAAAGGAGCGUAAAAAGCAUGGAAACGCUUCGGCGAAUGCUUCCAUCUUCGAAAACCAAAUGGAGAUCACGAGCACGGCUGCGCUCAAAAACCAUGGCAUUGCGAGCACAAAAACCAUAACCAAACGUCAAGGCAAAUGGUGUUUCACUUAUGAAAACAACAACAGGAAUAGUGCUACAAGUCCGACGCCGGAUUUGAAGUUGGAUAUGGACAUAGAGAGCGUUAUCCUGGGAGGAGAUUCGACUCGGGGACAACUUAACCAACAAUACUCGGCUAGUAUCUUGGACGAUCCUGAGUUGAUUGCCGGAAAGCAUCGCACUUUGCUGACCUUCACCUCGUACAUGACCUCGGUCAUCGACUAUGUGCGUCCGUCGGAUUUGAAAAAGGAGCUCAACGACAAGUUCCGCGAGAAGUUUCCAACCAUCCAGCUCACGCUGAGCAAGCUAAGGAGCAUUAAGCGAGAGAUGCGCAGGAUCAACAAACUGGACUCGCGCAUCGAUCUGGUGACCAUUUCGCAGGCGUACGUGUACUUCGAGAAGCUCAUCCUGGCCAAUCUGAUCAACAAGAGCAACCGCAAGCUGUGCGCCGGCGCCUGUCUGCUGCUCAGCGCCAAGAUGAACGACGUGAAGGGCGACGCCCUCAAGAGCCUGAUCGAGAAGACGGAGAGCGUGUUCCGGCUGAAUCGCAAGGAGCUGAUCUCGUCGGAGUUCGCCGUGCUGGUGGCACUGGAGUUUAGCCUGCACGUGAGCCGGCACGAGGUCCUGCCGCACUAUCAGCGGCUGCUCUACGAGUCCUAGGAUUGGCACAAGCGCUGCGCCGAGAAGAGUUUCCUGGCGGCAGCGCAGGCGGUGCAGCAGUUGUGCCGCAAGGGCAGUCGCAAGUAGAAGGCGUUCGUACUUAUAGCAUACUUUCGGGUGUUGGGUUUUCAACGAUCAUAAUAUUAUUGCCUAGGCUUAAGGCGUAGCUCCAUAAGUUUUGCUAAAACAGUCAAAGAAAAUUAUGAAAAAUCACAAAAAAAUAACUAAAUUUACAUACAUAUACGAGUAUCCAACAUUAUACCCCUUCCCAUGGUUUUUAGACUCAUAAGUGUUUAUGUUUACAUAUAUUUUCUUGGGUUUCUGUUAUAGACAUUUCAAAAAUGAAUAAACUAAAGUUAACCGAA